AUGAAGUUCCUUGUGGCAGUUUCGCUCUAUGCUGGCCUCGUCGCUUGCGCAACACAGGCCGAGGACUUCUUGGCCCAGCAUCCCGACAUUCAGGUGGGCCGAGAGGCGCUCGAAAAGGCCGAGGCCAGCCACGGCGCGGACACGUUUGGCUUGGUCAACAAGCCGGUGGACAACAUUGUGCUGUACCAGGAGUUUGACGCCAACACCAAGGAGCGCAUCUCGGCCGUGGCACUCGUCGACGACCAAAAGGCCGAGGAGUACUACAAGACGUACAACAGGGACGGCGAUGCCAAGGGCGAGGUGAUGAAGCGUUGGGAGGAGCCCGGCCUGGCUCCUCGACAAUGUCGCCGGGCCGUCGGCGAGGCGGAGCCCCAGGGCCUCUUUGCGCGCGCCUCGCGCUGCGGCCAGUUUUGUGCCCGCAGCUACAGCUGCACCGCAGACGCACGAUGCCCUAGUUGCCGAUACGUGGGCGGUCGAUGCCGCCAUCAGCUGAGCUUGGCCUUUUUACUUCCAUACUCCCAAACUCAUCAAGAACAAGAAACCAGCAGUCCCAUGGCGCAACCUACCACCUCGACCGACAACGCCGAGGUUCAGGCGUUCCUGACGAGGCAUCCCGAGAUACUCGUCGGCCGCGAGGCGCAUGAGAAAAGCGAAGAGGAAGCGGGCGGCGACACCUUUUCCGUCGUCAACAAGCCGUUUGACAAUGUCGUCAUGUAUCAAACCUUCAACGCCGACACUCUGGAGCGCGUGUGUGUUGCGGUCUUGAUUGACGACCAAAAGGCACUCGACUACUACAAGAAGCAGAAUCGGGACGACGACGACGACGAGCCGGAUACCAAGAGCUGCCCAGGCUGCGGCGCUGGGUCCAGCCGGGCGGCCGUCGAAGGGCCGGAGCGUUUUUUGAUUGAGCGCAUGGUCAAGUGUACGUGCCGCAGAGCACCGGCAGGACGGAUGUGGCCGGCAUAG